AUGUAUAAGCCGCUGCCUCGUUUGGCCAUUUUUUUCAAACGCGCCGCGGCCUAUUCCUCCCUGUCGACGGCCCAUUCUCCCCUCAGCACGGCCGUCCCCGAAGUCAACCAUGUCCCGGUCCUGCACUCAGCCAGCCACCUCUUUGAGGCCCAGGACCCGUACUGGCAAAAGAUUCCCCGGUGGAGGGAGACGGGGGCCGACCGGUUCGUGAGCCACAAGUGGCAGAUGGGCAACUCGGUGCAGUCGGAGAAGGCGCUCUGCGAGUUCCUGUCGACGGUCCUGCCGAGCGUCAUCCCCCCGCAGAUCGACAUGGCGCCCCAUCUGCGAAUCACCGACAUCCAAACCCCGGAGCACUUCAUCGGACGCGUCAGGCAAGGCAUCAAGAUGGCGCCCAUGGCCGUCCGACUGUCGCCGCACAUUCUCAGCAGCAUCGACUGGCGGGAUCCCGUCAACGAUCCCAUCCGGCGGCAGUUCGUCCCCCUGUCUUCUCCCCUAAACGUCAAUCACCCCAUGGCCGAGCUGGAUCCGAUGAAGGAGAAUACCUACUCCCCGGUGUCGGGGCUGAUCCACCGGUAUCCCGACCGAGCUCUCUUCUUUGCAACGUCAAUCUGCCCCGUCUACUGCCGUUUCUGUUUCCGCUCCUACACAGUUGGAGCCGAGACCGAGACGGUCAAGAAACAGCGCUUCCUGCCCCUUGUCAAGAAGUGGGAGCCUCGAUUCAAGUACAUUGAAAAGACGCCAGCCCUCAAGGACGUGGUCAUCUCGGGCGGCGACACGUAUCUCCUCGAGCCUGCCCAACUUGAACACAUUGGCGAGAGGCUGCUCGGCAUUCCGCACAUUCGCCGCUUCCGGUUCGCCACAAAGGGUCUCUCGGUGUCGCCGAGUCGGCUGCUGGACCCGCAAGACGACUGGGUCGACACGGUCAUCAAGCUGGAGAAGAAGGCGCGGCGGCAGGGCAAGCACGUCUGCAUCCACACGCACUUCAACUCGGCCAACGAGAUUAGCUGGGUGACGCGUCAUGGGGCGCAGCGAUUGUACGAGGCGGGCGUAACGGUGCGGAACCAAACCGUCUUGCUGAACGGGGUCAACAAUACGCCUGAAAGCAUGUGUCGUCUGGUCCACGCGCUUGGCGAUAUCAACAUCCAGCCGUACUACGUCUAUCAGGGCGACAUGGUGCCCGGCGCGGAGGACCUCCGCACGCCCAUGAGCGACAGCCUAGAGCUAGAGCGGGCGGUGCGCGGCCAGAUUGCCGGCUUCUUGGUGCCCAACUUUAUCCUCGACCUGCCCGCCGAGGGGGGCAAGCGGCUGACCCGGGGCGUUGAGAGUUACGACCGCCGCCUCGGGCUGUCGAAGCUUACAGCGCCGGGGCUCAAGGGCGAGCCGACGACGAUGCAGUACUGGGAUCCAUUGUGGUCCCUGCCCGAGGACGGGCGGGCCGAGGUUUUGGGAAAGUAUGGCGGCAAGAUGCCGUGA